AUGAAAAAAACUUGCAAACGUGCCGUAUCAACGAGUAGUGUGGAAGGUGUGUGUUGCGUGGUUAACGAGACGGGGGCUCAGCUGGAACGCGCUGCCGCCGCUCUUCGCCGCCGUUUAGCCGCGCCACCGCCGGACCCGUUGCCGUUCCCGUCGCCGCGUCGUAACGCAGCGCACGGAAUCGUCGCCGCCGACACGGACCCGCUGUACUUUGCGCACAUGACGGAAGCGGAACAAGGAGCGGAGUGGGCGGAGCGAUUGGCGGGCGACGCCUGUGUUCUUGGCGAGCCUCUAUGCCGCGCCGCCGCCGAACACGAUAAGCUUCGCUCAUGCGCCGCGGGUUACGCUGCCGCCGCUGCUGCUUUUCGCGCGGCUGCCGCUCAUGCCCGCGCAGCUUUAAGAGCUGCAUUGCAGCAUACAACGGCGCUGUGGGCGCAUCAUCUUGUCGACCCCGCAAUCGAUAUUGAAGAAGCAGAGGAAGAAGCGAACGCAUUGCCCGCGGCAUUGGACGUGUUAGCUGAGGAAGCUCGUGCGCAGUUGCCCGCCGCUGCUGACGAACUGCUCGCGGAACUGCUCACUGACUUGUUGAAUAGAGCCCAGAAAAAUUUGCUCGCAAAUAAUUAUAAUAGGGAAAGCGGCGUUUGUGUGGAGCGGCGUUGCCGUCGCGUGUGCGCAUGGGCGGGCAGCAACGCGGGCUCUGCCCGUGAGCAAGCCGCCCGUUUGGCGGCACUAGCGGGACUUCUCGCCGCCGAUCGGCCUACAGCCCCGUCCGCGCCAUUACCACCUGCCUUGGUCCGUCAAGUUCUUGCUGCCAGAACUGACUUCAAGCUUGAAGAUAUAAAGCGCCUGAAAUUAUAG